AUGUAUGUCAGGAUAGAAGGCACACGACUAGAGUUCAUUCGGAAGCAACAGUCACAAUUACGAGCUGAUCUCUACCUCAACAUAACCGACUUUGUCAAUAGAAGGGCAGGAGAAGAAAAUGUUCAAAUCGGCCGCCAAGUCAUUUUGCCGUCAUCUUUUAUCGGCUCACCACGUAAUAUGAAUCAAAACUACUUAGAUGCAAUGGCAAUAGUGCAAAAAUUUGGGAAGCCAUCGCUAUUCGUCACCAUGACAUGCAACCCGAAGUGGCCUGAAAUCAUUGACAACUUAACAAUUGGCGAGUCGGUACAUUACCGUCCAGACUUAGUCGUCCGCGUCUUUCAUUGUAAACUGAAUGAACUUAUUGACAACAUUACGAAAGAUCAAAUUUUUGGCGUUACUGUUGAUGUUCGUGGUCAGAGUGUUGACAACCGCUUUGUUGUACCUUAUAACCCUUUUCUCCUGCAAAAGUUCAACUGCCAUAUCAACAUUGAAGUUUGCAGCUCUGUAAGGUCAAUCAAAUAUGUGUAUAAAUAUAUAUACAAGGGUUACGAUUGCGCCAACGUACAAUUCAGUCGUGACGACCAAGCGCAGAUCGUAUAUGAUGAAAUUGACUCUUUCGUCAGUUGUCGUUAUGUGGGAUCUACAGAGGCCACUUGGCGCAUUUUCGAAUACGAGAUGCAUCACCAAUCUCACAAAAUUGAACGUCUUGAUUGUCACUUACCGCAACAACAAACUGUAUACUUUCAAAACGGCAACGAAGCUGCCGCAGCAGCAAAUCCAAAGCAAACAAAACUAGAGGCAUUUUUCAGACUUAACCAACAAGAUUCUGAUGCUAACAAUUUACUCUACAUUGAAAUUCCGCAAAAUUACACAUGGGACUCUACCAGGAAAGAAUGGCGUAAACGGCAGCGUGGUGGACAAAAGGUCGUAACGCGCCUUUAUAAUGUGUCGCCAAAGAAUGUUGAACUUUUUAAUUUACGUCUCCUGCUACUACAUGUCAAAGGUGCGAAGGGUUUUGAAGAUAUUCUUACAGCUGAUGGCAUACUUCACGAAACAUUCUUGGCCACCGCUAACGCAAGAGGUAUUGUGUGUAAUGACAACCAGUGGCAAGACACUAUUGCCGAAGCAACAGCAUCGCAGUCUCCUAGACAGUUGCGUCAACUUUUUGGAGUUAUUUGUGGUAUUAAUAUACCCGCAAAUUGCAACGCACUAUGGGAACAGUUCAAAGACCAUUUGUGUGAAGACUUACUUCGUGAUAUGUGCUCUCAAGCAGCGUAUGAUUUGGGUCUUCUUGAAAUUGAGGAUAUAUUGAUCACUCACAACACAAGUUGUGCUGAGUUAGGGCUUCCAAUUCCGAACUGCCAGUCAACAAACAUAGAUAGUUACGACGUAAUGGAACAAGGCGAGUGCUUCAAUCAUAUGUUCAACAUGGCCAAUGACGAACAAAAAGCAAUCAUUACAGAAGUUAUUGGUGCUAUUGAAAAAGGACAAGGCGAAAAAGUACUCUGUCUCACUGCGCACGCUGGCUGUGGAAAGACGUAUGUGCAAAAGACGUUGCUGUUUUAUUUACGUUCAAAAUGUCUUGACUGUCUACCGUGCGCAUUCGGUGGCAUAGCGGCAAGCUUGCUGGUGGUAGGCAGAACAUUACACAAUCAGUUCAAAUUGCCUAUUCCUGUCACUGAGUCAUCGGUAUCAUCUAUGAAAGCUAAUAGUGCUGUUGCCAAUAGAAUCAGGCGUUCAGCAUUGAUUAUAAUCGAUGAAAUCUCAAUGUGUCCGAUUUACGCGUUGAAAGCAAUCGACCGUUUGUUACGUGACCUAUCAGUUACCGAAAAUCGCGAAAAAAUGUUCGGAGGCAAAGCCGUACUCCUAUGCGGGGACUUUAGGCAGACGCUCCCUGUUGUAUCACACGCUGGGCAAACAGCUACAACUGAGCUAUGUGUGAAAUCUUUAGAAGAGUGGCCACGAAUCAAACAGCUCACGCUUACGCAAAACAUGCGUGCGCUGCCACCUGAGCUUGACUUUAUAAGCUUCCUCAAACAAAUUGGUGAUGGGACAUAUCCAAUUCAUUCUGAUCUCGGCGAUGAUAUAAUUGAACUUCCUCAGAACGUUAUCUGCUCAGGAGAUAUUAUUGACGAAUUAUACAAUGACUUUGACAGCAUUAUAACAAGCAACACUAUAACAGACCGAGCAAUCCUCUCUACCGUAGAAUGGGCCCUCCCCUUUGCCAUGCAACGCACGCAGUUCCCAAUCAUACCUGCGUUUGCUAUGACAGUCAACAAAUCACAAGGACAGAGCAUUGGCAAAGUUGGAAUAAUGCUUGAAGAGCCUGUCUUUGGCCAUGGACAGCUGUAUGUAGCCUGCAGCCGUGCACGAUCGUUUGAAGGGCUGAAAUUCAUGGUCCGUGACACAGAAAAACAAUCCCGGUUGAGAGGUGAUGAUCGAGUGUUCACUCGGAAUAUAGUAUUUAAAAAUGUAGUAUAA